UGAGGGGGAAGGAGGGGAAAGAAGAUAUGUGAAGAAAGGGGAGUGGAAAAGGACAUGAAAGAAAAUAAUCACUGGCGGAAAAACAGUGAGUUAAACGGCACAUUUCCAGGAAUUUGAGAGAGUUUGAGCAGAAGAGAAACAGAGAGAGAGAGAGAGAAAAGCAGAAUUUGUUUAUAGUGACCUAAGGCAAAGGUUGGUGUGUUUAUCCACCAGCAGGUCACAAUAUGGCGCUAUUCCCAUUCUUCAAGAAGCCCGCAGGACCAGUCAGAGUGACCAGAAUACAACUGGUUCUGUACUGUUUUCUCCUGUCUCUUUUCAUAUACUUCCUCCAUGGACGGAAAGCCAUUGUCAGUGUGGAGGCAUUUCAUCCUAUCUUUCAUGCCUUGGGAAUGGACAGGGGAAGAGUAAUGACAGACAUGACAGUCAUCAAGGCAACACCGCCACAAACUCCUCUGGAGACCCCAUGGGGUGCUCCUUUAGUGUGGGGUGACACCCGUAAAUCAACUUGGCGCAGGGCUGAAUUUGCAAAACAGAAAACCCAUACAGGUCUGCUGGCCGUCGUGCUGGGAACUUAUGCCCAAUUUGUUCAGCGGUUCCUCUCAUCAGCUGAAACUCACUUUCUCCCUGGUCAAAUGGUCACCUACUAUAUUCUCACAGACAAUCCCCGCUCUCUGGAUCCCCCUAUCAAGUUGGGGCCAAAACGACAGCUGAAGGUGGUUCCUGUUGCAGAGCUGCCUGGUUGGGACCGACUGGCCCGUCGCCGGAUGACCCUGCUUGCUGAAGCUAUCAAGAACCCAAUCGGCAGCGAGGUUGAAUACAUCUUCUGUGCUGACAUUGAUCAGGAGUUUGUGGCCCCUGUGGGAGAGGAAAUCCUAGGAGACUUGGUAGCCACAUUGCACCCAGAGCUCUAUGGGAUGCCACGAAAUGCAUUUCCUUACGAAGUUGAAGAGGUCUCAUCCGCUUGUGUGGAGGAGAAGGAAGGAGACUACUACUACACCUCUGAGUUGUAUGGGGGGUUGGUUUCUGAGAUGUACAGACUGGCUCGGGCCUGUUCUUUGCUUAUUAUGCAGGACCAGGCUAACGGGGUAAUGGCCAGGGGCCUCGAGGAGAGCUACUUGAACCGCUACUUGAUUGACCACAGACCAACCUGUGUGCUGUCCCCAGAGUACAGCUGGUGGGGCUCGAACCUGGCUCCUGAUAUGCUUGUACAGAGACUUGUCUCUUUGGGAAGAAACCAGAAAAGAAAAUCAAUGUAAAAUGAGGGACAGAAUGCAUUGAAGUGUGGAUACAGAUUUCAUUCCCACAUAAAGAAAACUGUUUUUGGUUUAAUAAUUUCCUUUCUGAGAAGGUCUCUGCUCAAAGAGAAAGCACAUAUUCCAAUCGUCUUCAUUCAAUUCAUAAUUUACAUUUCAUUUUCUGUUCUAUUAGCCAAUAAAUGUAACCUGCAAUCACACAGAAGCAAACUGCCUAAUCUGCUCUCAAUUAAAGGCCCAUUUGAGUGAACAGGAUCUCUGCGUGCUAUCUUCUCCACAGCAGACAAAAAAGAAAUUGACCUGUCUCUUUAAACAAACCACUGUGCUCUCCAUUAAUGUCAGCCUCGGAGAUACGGCUUUAGUGGCUUUGUGGUCAGCAGCGAUAAGAGUCAACAGUGUAAGAGCACACUUUCUCUGCAGUGACCAAUCAUUAAGUGGAAGAGCUGCUGUUUCAAGGUCUUUAAAUACCAGGUGGGGGAGAAAUGGAUACAACAAGAAGGUGUUUCUCCAGGUUACAUGUGUAUAGAAACUUCAGCAAAAGCUAACAUAGUUUUAAAAUGGGUGAAACUGUUUUAGUUUCAAUAAAAUUAAAAACUGUUAUUUUCCCCAUUAUCUGUUGGAGUAAAAGGUAAAGUCAAA